AUGGGCCCCACAGAUCCCCCUCCAUUUCCCAACCAUCAUGAACGUUACUACUUCAAUGAUGGCUCCUUGGUACUUCAGUGCGAGGGCGUCUUAUACAACGUCCACCCGUGCCUUCUCUCAGCUCGCUCUGCGUUGUUUCAGGAUAUGCUCUCUCUACCUCAGAGUGGACGCAACCAGCAACCAAGUGAGCUGGAACCUACGGCGGGGUCUUCAAACACGCACCCUGUUGCCAUUACCUCCACGAAGGCCGACUUCGACAAUCUCUUGCUGUACAUAUAUGACAGCUACCUUCAAAAGAACUUAUCUCUCGAGUACUUGCUCAGCAUACUCAAGAUGUCCCACUUCUAUAUCAUCGAAGACGGACUGCAGUACGCAUUCAACGCACUCGAAAAACACACAGGCCUCACGGCGCAGCUUCGUAUGCAUCUCGCUCUCCAGUACAACCACCAUCAAUGGAUUGAGCCCGCGUUUCGUGGUUUAAUCACCCGACCUGCCAACAAGUUUACACUCGACGACGUAGCUCAGAUAGGCACCGAGGCGUAUUUUGUUGUUACUCACACCCAGGCGAGGCUGGAUCAUCUGAUUCGAUCCAUGGCCUGUUGGCCACCGACAGUACUUCAUGGACUCAGUUGUGAUGACCAGGAAGCUUGUGAUGAGAUGUGGGAGAACGCCUGGUGGGGUGGAUUCGCGAAGCAGCUGUUCCAUCCCGACCGCCCAGCCAACCUUUUCGACGCCCUCGAGACCUUGCACGACAUAUAUAUUCCUGGUUUCAAUGCCGUGUGCAAGAUGAAGACACUGGACGAGCUAAUGGAGGAUAGCCCGUUAGAACGUGUGGAAGUCAUUAUACGGGCUGGUAUCCAGGCGCUUGGGGGGUUUAGGAAAUCCGGGGAAGGAGGAGGUUCAGAAGCUUCCUUAGAGGAAAGGGUGUAG